CAUCUCUAGCUACCGCUUGCCCGGUAAUUUUGGCGGCAAAAUAUUCGCACAUCGCAUUUACUAAAAAACGAAAUAUAAAGCGAAGCAGAAGUAGCGUCUAUUACCUCAGUUCUUCUUUUUAACUUUGUUUACCCUAUCAAAAUGGAAGGCUUCGACGAUGCGGGUGUGUUCUUUUCGGACAAUUUCGGCGGAGAUAACCAGCAGGAUGCGCAAAUCAACUUGCAGGCGGUAAAGAAGAAGUACAAGGAGUUCAUCCGGACAUUUAACGAGGAGAACUUUUUCUACAAAUACCGUGACACCCUGAAGAGGAACUAUCUUAAUGGUCGCUACUUCUUGGAGAUUGAGAUGGAGGAUUUGGUGGGCUUCGAUGAGACCUUGGCUGACAAGCUGAACAAGCAGCCGACGGAGCAUUUGGAAAUCUUCGAGGAGGCUGCCCGGGAGGUAGCCGACGAGAUCACAGCUCCCCGGCCGGAGCACGAGGAACAUAUGCACGACAUCCAGAUUCUUCUGAGCUCCAAUGCGAAUCCCACCAACAUACGACAGUUGAAGUCGGACUGCGUAUCCAAGCUGGUUAAGAUCGCCGGAAUCAUUGUCGCAGCCUCAGGAAUAAGUGCCAAGGCUACGCGGAUGUCUAUCCAAUGCCUGUCCUGCAGCACGGUCAUACCGAAUCUCAAAGUGAAUCCAGGUUUGGAGGGCUACGCCCUACCCAGGAAGUGCAACACGGAGCAGGCGGGCAGACCCAAGUGCCCGCUGGACCCCUUCUUCAUCAUGCCGGACAAGUGCAAGUGCGUCGAUUUCCAGACCCUUAAGUUGCAAGAGCUCCCCGACUUUGUGCCACAGGGUGAGAUUCCCCGCCACUUGCAGCUCUUCUGCGAUCGCUCGCUCUGUGAACGCGUGGUGCCCGGCAAUCGCGUGCUUAUCCAGGGCAUAUACUCCAUUCGCAAGGUGGGCAAACCCUCGCGUCGGGAUGGUCGCGAGAAAGCCGUCGUUGGAGUCCGUGCUCCUUACAUGAGGGUGGUGGGCAUCACCGUCGACUCAGAGGGUGCGGGUGCCAUCUCCCGAUACAGCAACAUCACAUCCGAUGAGGAGGAGCACUUCCGGCGAAUGGCCGCCUCUGGGGACAUCUACGAACGUCUCUCACAGUCACUGGCGCCCAGCAUCUUCGGCUCUCGGGAUAUCAAGAAAGCUAUAACUUGUAUGCUUUUUGGCGGGUCUCGUAAGCGUUUACCGGAUGGUCUGUGCCGUCGAGGCGACAUUAACGUCUUACUGCUGGGAGAUCCUGGUACUGCCAAGUCACAGUUGUUAAAGUUUGUGGAGAAGGUGGCACCCAUAGCAGUCUACACUUCGGGCAAAGGCUCCAGUGCGGCUGGUCUCACGGCUUCGGUUAUGAAGGAUCCUCAAACGCGUAACUUUGUCAUGGAGGGUGGAGCCAUGGUGCUGGCCGAUGGAGGCGUGGUUUGUAUUGAUGAGUUCGACAAAAUGCGAGAGGAUGAUCGUGUGGCCAUUCACGAGGCCAUGGAACAGCAGACAAUAUCCAUUGCCAAAGCCGGCAUCACGACCACCUUGAACUCACGCUGUUCGGUCUUGGCAGCUGCCAACUCCAUUUUCGGUCGAUGGGACGACACCAAGGGCGAGGAGAACAUUGACUUUAUGCCCACAAUUCUCUCCCGUUUCGACAUGAUUUUCAUUGUAAAGGAUAUUCACGAUGAGUCGCGGGACAUUACGCUGGCCAAGCACAUCAUCAACGUGCAUCUGAGCUCUAACAAGUCAGCGCCUUCAGAGCCGGCUGAGGGUGAGAUAUCGCUGUCGACGUUCAAGAAGUAUAUUCACUACUGCCGAACUCAUUGCGGUCCGCGCCUGAGCGAAGCUGCCGGCGAGAAGCUAAAGAGCCGCUACGUGCUUAUGCGCAGUGGAGCCGGCCAGCAGGAGAAGGCAUCUGACAAGCGGCUAAGCAUUCCCAUCACUGUGCGUCAGUUGGAGGCUGUCAUCCGCAUUUCGGAGUCGCUGGCAAAGAUUCGUUUGCAACCGUUCGCCACAGAUGAGCACGUGAACGAAGCACUUCGACUUUUCCAAGUGUCUACCCUUGAUGCUGCGAUGACUGGCAGCUUGGCUGGAGCCGAAGGAUUCACGACCGAGGAGGACCAGGAAACACUCAACCGCAUCGAAAAGCAAUUGAAACGUCGCUUUGCAAUUGGAUCUCAAGUAUCGGAGCAGAAUAUCUUACAGGACUUUUUGCGUCAGAAAUACGAAGAACGCACGGUAAUGAAGGUAAUUCAUACCAUGAUCCGACGUGGAGAGCUGCAGCACCGGAUGCAACGGAAGAUGCUCUAUCGAAUUUGCUAAACACUGUUAAUCACUUCAUUUCUUGUCCAUCGUUGAAUAUGUCUUCAAUCAUUUCGUCACAUUAUUUGUAUUUCCAUUUAUAGUAUUAAGAUAAACUACAUUCUUUCCC